AAAUUCAAUUGAAAUAGCAAUGGGUACUAAUGUAUAAGAAGAUGGAGAAGUGCCAAUUUAAAUAAUAUAUAAAACAAAACAAAAAUAUGACAUUAAAAAAUAAAAUGGAGGCCAAAGUAUUUUUAUUAGUUUAGUUUGGACUAGAAGAUGUUGGUAAUUGACCCCUGAGAUAUUUGGAAAGAUGAUUGAGACAGAACAGUGUGAAGUUGUUUGAAUAUAAGAGCAGAAAUGAUUAUGGUUGUUAGAUUUUAGAAGAUGUUCUGCUCUAUGUUGUUCUCAGUAGUUUGUUUAUCUUGAUGCUGACUAAUGAGUAAAUGUGUUAAUUCCAAAAAGGUUAUGUUACUAUUCAUAGCUCAAAAGGCCUAACUGCUGAAGUGUGUAAAAUGUCACUUUGACCUCCUUUUUGUGUAAUCCUUUUAAAUUUUUUGCACUCUUUGAUUUCCACCUUUUCAUUCAUUUUGCAUUAUUUCUGACUGUGAAUUGUUAUAUAUCCACCCAUCUACUGUAUAUAAUAUGUGUAGGCCCAUAUAACAUUUGCUUUUUGUGAGAGAACUACAACUUAAUCUCGUCAUACAACCCUGUGUUGUAAUAAGAUAAAUUCUUGUACCUUAUUGUGAGUCUAUUUGGCAUUGAUUCAGAGUCUUUAAAUUGAACUUAGUUUGCGAAAAAGUCAUCAAAUCUGUUGGACGAGGGCCUCUCUGAAUGCUGUAAAAAGACAUAUGUGCACUGUUGAGUGAAUCGAUCUGUCUAACACCAUGUGUCCAUUUAAAGAUGUGUACACUUAGAGAAUAGAAAGGGGAUCAAGCCACUCAUUAUGCGAGAAAUGAUCUGUAGUGACGUGGGUCUUAAUGAAGUUUGCGCGUGCACUGCGUGUGACUCGCGGCAGUGCAAUACAGUGCUGUCAUCCAAACUUAGCGGAGCCUCCUGUGAAGCGUCAGACUGACUGCCCGGCUGUGAGAUCAGCUCCACAUCUACUGCAGAUGCUCAGUCAGGUGGCUGCUGCUUCAACUUCAUCACCGCGAACUGUGCAGUGAUGGUCGAGUGUGUGGAUGUGGUUUAGAGAGUCGGGUCCAACUGGCUGAUGCGCAACCACCUGCACGUGGCGGAGGACUGCCUUCUUUUCCUUUCCUCGACCUCCAGCCUCCAGCAGCUUCACUUCGCCCGUCAAGCGAGAGAAAGCGAACGAUGAGCUCCUCUCUCCCCAAAAGCGAGUCCACCACCUCUCUGCUGAGAUCAUCGGGGCUCAACCGCAGGUCCGGGCACUCGAGUAACGGUCCACACGAUCACCGGGGCCACCGCAUUCACCGUCCCUCCACCGGAGCUGGAGGCAGCGAUGAUGCAGUGUGGGCGGAGGACUGCGAGACGAGUGCGCGGAGACCUCUCUGCCAACCAAGACAUGCCGACUCUCGAAAUAUAGGUGAUCACCGGGUGCAGACAAGCCACUCUCACCGGCCGGCGAACCCGCAGGAUGAUGGUUACGCACAAGAGGACGCAAGACACAGGACGAGCCGGCAUCAGAAAGAGCGCAGCAAGUCCUCCAGGUCCAAACACCCCCAUCAUCACCACGACUCCUCACGAGUUGAGCUGCCUCCUGCGGCGCAUCACCAAGGCGGCUCCCGGCAGGACAGGAGGACCUCUCCGACUCCAUCUUAUCCAAAACAACCGGAUGAUGCGGCUUUCUUCUUCGAGUCCAGGGAGAGAGUCGUCACCGGAUCAUCCUCCAGCCUCAGUUCUGACCCACCUGCGACCAGCGCACCUCUCAAGCCCGCAGCAAGCCGCACGUCCAAAAGACUGAGCGCAUCCAUGUCUGAAUAUGACUCUAGUCUUCAUCCCAUAGUGAAGUCAGUCUUCGGGCAGGACCAGAAGAAGAACUACAAAGCAGUGCAGUCCUGUGAGGAGGGGGGUUCUGGGGGGGCCUAUCUUGAGCCGCUAGUGGCCCUGGCCCAGAACGGAGCCAACAUGCACACCAUACUGGGGCCUGCAUGCAUCUUUCUACGCAAGGACUUCGCUGAGAGCCGGCAGGCUGACCGAGAGUUGAGGCCAGAAGAAAUGGAUGAGUUGCGUGAGGCAUUCAGGGAGUUUGACAAAGACAAAGAUGGGUUUAUUGGCUGUAAAGACCUGGGAAACUGCAUGAGAACUAUGGGCUACAUGCCAACAGAGAUGGAGCUGAUAGAACUAAGCCAGCAGAUCAACAUGAAUUUGGGAGGACAUGUUGACUUCGAGGACUUUGUUGAACUCAUGGGGCCCAAACUUCUGGCUGAAACUGCAGACAUGAUUGGGGUGAAAGAACUGAGGGAUGCAUUCAAGGAGUUUGACACUAAUGGUGAUGGCCAGAUCAGCACAGCAGAACUCAGAGAAGCAAUGAAAAAACUUCUAGGACAACAGGUUGGACACAGAGAUCUGGAGGACAUCCUACGAGACAUCGACCUCAACGGAGAUGGUCAUGUAGACUUUGAAGAAUUUGUGCGGAUGAUGUCUCGAUGAGUUCCUGAAAGAGAGCUGACAUGUUAAAACACUACAUGGGUUCUCUGUUGGUAUGAGAGGAAGAGGCAAGAGACCAGCACAAAGUACCAAUGGAUCUUGGACUUCUGAACUGUCGAUGAGCGAGAAAACCAAAACAUAUCAACCCUGCCCUGAAACUGCCAUGCUGAAGCACAAAGGCUGACAACUACAGCCAGGAGCAACACUGUUGAUUAUGCUGCUGCUGUUUCUUAGAGCAUAAACAAAACCAACAGCUGCAUUUCUGACUUUUACAAAGUAUAUUUUCAAAAGCAUAUUUUCCUUUAGUAAUGACAACAUUUCUAAUGCUGAUGUGGCUGUUGACUCAACAGGUAUAAGAGUAAUAACUGUAGCAAUUAAGAAGACAAUUUUCAACUACAGCAAACACCCAAACCAAUACAGUGUGCUCUUUCCUAAUGCUGAGGACAUGUUAAGCACAAAUAUAAUAUGGCAAUAUGGAAAUAUUGUAUAUGAUCCUGUCAAAGUUCUGUGUUUGUGUUAUGUGUAUACUGUUGUUUCUCUCCACCCUACACUGUAGAUUUAAGACUAUUGUCCAACCCUGGUUAAGACAAGUCAAUAUUUGUUUUGUAAUUAUGUGUAAUGUAGCAUUGAUGCAGUUCUUCUGACUUUAAUGACACGAUGUCUAUCUUACUGUGAGAUAUAUUUGUAAUUUUCAGUGUGCAUAAGACUAACAGACUCCAUCAACUGCAAAAAAUCUUGAAGGACAUUCUCUCUAUGUACAGUGAGUUGCUAAUCUUUACUACUGUGAUAGGCCUUUUUAAUUGUAUUGUAUGUUUUUCUAAUUCUGAAUAUUACUCUGCAUGAGUCUGACAGAUCAUCUAUACCUUAACUCAUUGAUGAUCCACCAAGUGUUAAAACGACACAAAAGAGAGAUUCUGCUAAUGCUUUAUUUGUUAUCUACAUUUAUUUUAUGAUAAAUGUGCUUGUUUAUUGUUUGUUUUUUUGAGUCUACUGGUUCUAUAGAACAGUCCUGAAGUGAUUUUCACUUUGCUGCAAUAUUUACAAUUUUAACUUUAAUACCUCAAAAUGAAUUGAACAAUCAACCUCAUCCAUAAACUGCCCUUAGUUCUACUUACCAAUUUCGUUCCCCUUUACCUUCAUUAUCUGUAUUUGUAGAGAAGCAGCAUUGCCUUCUUUAUGCAAAAAGCCAAAGAAAGUUUACAGAAAUAUUAUUUGAGUCUUAUUCAGUGUAGUAAGAAAGAAAUACGAUCCAUUGGAUUAUAUUUUCAAAAUGGAUGAUUGAAAUGGCGGUUGGUUUCUGGGGCAGCUAAAAUAUUGUUGACUGUUCACGAAUGGACACGGGGGUAUAUGCAUGCUUAAAAGUUAAGAUACUCUUCGAAAGGGAAAUCUUUUUUUGUGAUCUUACUUGUCUUAACUGUGUGAAACUAUGCAUGCACAAAACAACUGAAAUUUGUAGCAGAAUAAAUAAAAAUAAAAAGGUUUUUAUUGGAACAUGA